UUAAAAUCAAAGAGUCGGUGGAAGGGGAGAGUUCUCUUUCCUGGUUUUCAUAUAGUUUGAUCAAUCCAUAGCAGAAUUUCAUGAAACGUCAUCACUUUUUGCACCUUCACCUACUCAUGGCCACAAGAAAUAAGAAAUAGCAGCAGCUUCUCAUGACACACCUUCUCAGUCCGUAGUCGCCUAAUCUCCAACUACCUACCAAAGCCAACGUUAUUUAUCUGUGAUCGGAGUCUGAAUCUCAAUUUCAAUCAAGUGCAAGAAAAUGGAACAAGUUAAAGGCAAGGUCUGUGUUACAGGGGCUUCAGGUUUUCUAGCUUCUUGGCUUAUCAAACGACUGCUCUUGUCAGGGUAUCAAGUCAUUGGAACUGUAAGAGAUCCAGAAAAUGAAAAGAAACUAGCUCAUCUGUGGAACCUAGAAGGAGCAAAGGAGAGGCUCCAGUUAGUAAAGGCUGAUUUGAUGGAAAUGGGCAGCUUUGAUGAUGCAAUUUUUGGAUGUCAUGGUGUGUUCCACACUGCUUCCCCUGUGCUCAGACCUUCAUCUGAUCCAAAGAUUGAAAUUUUGGAACCAGCUGUUGAGGGCACUUUGAAUGUGUUGCGUUCCUGUAAGAAGAAUCCAUGUCUAAAGCGUGUGAUUCUCACCUCAUCCUCUUCAGCUGUUAGAGUGAGAGAUGAUUUUGACCCCCUUGUACCUCUCGACGAGUCAUCUUGGAGCUCUGUGGAAAUCAGCGAGAGACUCCAGAUUUGGUAUGCUUUAUCAAAAACACUAGCUGAGAAUGCUGCAUGGGAAUUCUGCAACAAAAAUGGAAUCAGUUUAAUAACCAUUCUUCCUGCAUUCGUGAUCGGACCUAGUUUGCCACCUGAAUUAUGUUCUACUGCAUCUGAUGUCCUUGGCUUGCUUAAAGGUGAAACAGAGAAAUUUCAAUGGCAUGGAAGAAUGGGAUAUGUUCACAUAGAUGACGUUGCCCUUUCCCACAUCCUUGUUUACGAGCAUGAGAGUGCUCAUGGAAGAUAUCUCUGUAGCUCAACGGUUCUGGAGCUUGAUGAAUUAGUGUCAUUGCUAUCAGCUCGUUAUCCAUCUCUGCCCAUCCCAAAAAGGUUUCAGCAACUAAACAGGCCAUUCUACGAUUUCAACACAACAAAGUUGAAGAGCUUAGGAUUCGAGUUCAAGCCUGUCGAGAAAAUGUUCGAUGAUUGCAUUGCAUCACUCAAGGAACAGGGCCAUCUUGCUGUUGAUUAACAAUUUUAAUGCUGAUAAUUGAAUUAUUCUGCCAUAUUUAUGUAGUUAUUGUGGUCUGAUCAUUUUGCAUUUUAAUGAAUAAAUAAUUGUGAAGUUCACUUUCA